GCCCGCGCUCCAGUCGCCGUGUCUAGCAGCGGGGCCCAGCAUGGUCAUGGCGGAUGGCCCGAGGCACUUGCAGCGCGGGCCGGUCCGGGUGGGGUUCUACGACAUCGAGGGCACGCUGGGCAAGGGCAACUUCGCGGUGGUGAAGCUGGGGCGGCACCGGAUCACCAAGACGGAGGUGGCAAUAAAGAUAAUAGAUAAAUCUCAGCUGGAUGCAGUGAACCUUGAGAAAAUCUACCGAGAAGUACAAAUAAUGAAAUUGUUAGACCACCCUCACAUAAUCAAACUGUAUCAGGUAAUGGAGACCAAAAGUAUGUUGUACCUUGUGACCGAAUAUGCCAAAAAUGGAGAAAUUUUUGAUUAUCUUGCUAAUCAUGGACGAUUAAAUGAGUCUGAAGCCAGGCGAAAAUUCUGGCAGAUCCUCUCUGCUGUUGAUUAUUGUCAUAGUCGAAAGAUUGUGCAUCGUGACCUCAAGGCUGAAAAUCUCCUGCUGGAUAACAACAUGAAUAUCAAAAUAGCAGAUUUCGGUUUUGGAAAUUUCUUUAAAAGUGGUGAACUGCUGGCAACAUGGUGUGGCAGCCCCCCUUAUGCAGCCCCAGAAGUCUUUGAAGGGCAGCAGUAUGAAGGACCACAGCUGGAUAUUUGGAGCAUGGGAGUAGUUCUUUACGUCCUUGUCUGUGGAGCUCUGCCUUUUGAUGGACCCACUCUUCCGAUUUUGAGGCAGAGGGUUUUAGAAGGAAGAUUCCGGAUUCCAUAUUUCAUGUCAGAAGAUUGUGAGCACCUCAUUCGAAGGAUGUUGGUCCUAGACCCAUCCAAACGACUGACCAUAGCUCAAAUCAAGGAGCAUAAAUGGAUGCUCAUAGAAGUUCCUGUGCAGAGACCUGUUCUCUAUCCACAAGAGCAAGAAAAUGAGCCGUCCAUCGGAGAGUUUAAUGAACAGGUUCUGCGAUUGAUGCACAGCCUUGGAAUAGAUCAGCAGAAAACCAUUGAGUCUUUGCAGAACAAGAGCUACAACCACUUUGCUGCCAUUUAUUUCUUGUUGGUGGAGCGCCUGAAGUCCCAUAGGAGCAGUUUUCCUGUGGAGCAGAGACUUGAUGGCCGCCAGCGUCGGCCUAGCACCAUUGCAGAACAAACAGUUGCCAAGGCUCAGACUGUGGGAAUCCCAGUGAGCGUGCAUUCACCGAACAUGAGGCUGAUGCGAUCCACGCUCCUCCCACAGGCUUCCAAUGUGGAGGCCUUUUCCUUUCCGGCAUCCGGCUGUCAGGCGGAAGCAGCAUUUAUGGAAGAGGAGUGUGUUGACACGCCAAAGGUGAACGGCUGUCUGCUUGACCCCGUGCCUCCUGUCCUGGUGAGGAAGGGAUGCCAGUCACUGCCCAGCAAUGUGAUGGAGACCUCCAUCGACGAAGGGCUGGAGACAGAAGGAGAGGCUGAAGAAGACCCCAGCCAUGCCUUUGAAGCAUUUCAGUCCACACGCAGUGGGCAGAGACGACACACUCUGUCAGAAGUGACCAAUCAGCUGGUGGUGGUGCCUGGGACAGGGAAAAUCUUCUCCGUGAGUGACAACCCCUCCCUUGACAGCGUGGACUCAGAGUAUGAUAUGGGGUCUGUUCAGAGGGACCUGAACUUUCUGGAGGACAACCCUUCCCUGAAGGACAUGUUAGCCAAUCAGCCCUCAGCCCGCAUGCCGUCUCCCUUCAUCAGCCUGAGGCCCGCCAACCCGGCCAUGCAAGCCCUGAGUGCCCAGAAGCGAGAGGCCCACAACAGGUCGCCAGUGAGCUUCAGGGAGGGCCGCCGGGCAUCAGACACCUCCCUCACUCAAGGAAUUGUAGCAUUUAGACAGCAUCUUCAGAAUCUGGCUAGAACCAAAGGAAUUCUAGAACUGAACAAAGUGCAGUUGCUGUAUGAACACAUGGGACCAGAGACAGACCCGAGCUUGGCCUCGGCCGCGCCUCAGCUCCAGGACCUCGCCAGCAGCUGCCCUCAGGAGGACGGUCCUCAGCAGCAGGAAAGCGUGCCGCCGCUGCCUCCCAGUGUGCAUCAGCUUUCCCAGCGGCAAAGCCUGGAGACCCAGUACCUGCCACACAGACUCCAGAAGCCCGGCCUCCUGUCAAAGGCUCAGAAUACCUGUCCGCUUUAUUGUAAAGAACCGCCGCGGAGCCUUGAACAGCAGCUGCAGGAACACAGGCUCCAGCAGAAGCGGCUCUUCCUCCAGAAGCAGUCUCAGCUGCAGGCCUAUUUCAAUCAGAUGCAGAUAGCAGAGAGAUCCUACCCACAGCCAAGUCAGCAGCUGCCCCUGCCCCACCAGGAGACUCCGCCGCCAUCCCAGCAGCCCCCACCGUUCAGCCUGACCCAGCCCCUGAGUCCCGUCCUGGAGCCUUCUUCCGAGCAAAUGCAAUACAGCCCUUUUCUCAGCCAGUACCAGGAGAUGCAGCUGCAGCCCUUGCCCUCCACGCCACAGCCACCCCCUCCGCCACCGCCACCGCCACCACAGCAGCCAGGAGCUGCUCCAGCGCCCUUACCGUUCUCCUAUCAGACUUGCGAGCUGCCCAGUGCUGCUGCUCCUGUGCCAGACUACCCCGCCGCCUGUCAGUAUCCCGUGGACGGGGCCCAACAGAGCAGCCUCCCAGGGCCAGACUGUCCCAGGAGCUCUGGACUGCAAGAGAAUCCCUCCAGCUACGACCCCCUAGCCCUCUCUGAGUUACCGGGACUCUUUGAUUGUGAAAUGCUGGACGCUGUGGAUCCACAACACAAUGGAAUGGCUUGUCCUGUCAGCAGAUGAAUGCGUUAAGCACAAAGCGUCUUCCUUAAAGCACAAAGAAGAGAGCUACUCCACUGAUGCUGCAUCUAGAAAACACCUUUAAGUUGCCUUUCCUCUGUAGUAAGUGUCCAGACAGGUGAGGGGAGCAUGGGAAGUCUGAGGAGUCUUCUGGCCCCCCAGCCCUGCCCCCCCAGUGUUGGUGACCUGAGCAUCCUUGUUGCCAGCUGGACAGUGCCUCGUGGUGGCCACCGGUGCCAGGAUGCUUCGCAGAGGUGCUGUGCCUGGAGUCGGACUCAAGGGCUCAGCAGGAGAAGGCAGUGGGGGGUGGGGGACCGUCAUUUUUGUGAUUUGAUAACAGGCAGUAAAAAUCCAGGAAGGAUGAAUUACGUUCCUUUUAUGGGUUGUUUAUUCCUCCUUGUGCUUAAGAUGGAUGGUUUUAUGAAAUAGAGAACUUCAUUUCAUUUAAGAGAUCAUUUCAUUAAGAUCUCUAAUCUGUUUUAAGUCUUUGCAAAAUAAGCCAGUUAUAAAAUGGCUUGAUUUGUUUAGACUGAAGGAGGAUGUUUUCCCAAAAUAUACUACAGAAGUGCUGUAAUAUUUAAAAAUUAAAAUGCCUUCCAGAUUGAAAAUGGGACCGCUCAUUUCAGAACUGCAGGAAUGGCACACACGUUGGCAUACAUGGCUGCCCCACCAAGGCUGCGAGCUCCUUGGCCCAGGAGACCCAGGAGCUCUGGCAGGGCAGUUAGGCCGACAGAGGAGAGAGUGCUGGGAGGCUGAAGGGCCCAGGGCGAGCAGGGCGCAAGCGCAGUGGCCAGGCCUGUGGCAGUCAGCAGAGUGGAGGCGUGGCGGACACUGGCCUGCAGAAGGGCAGACCACGCCGGAGGCUGGGUUCUGAGCGCCCGGUUUGUUUAUCUCAUUUCAAGCAGAAACUGGGAAACUCUGCAGCCACCUUUAUUAGCUGAAACAUAAGGGGGGGAGAGGAGACUGGUUCCUCUGGGAGCUGCCAGCAGUUUGCUCUUCGUAAACCCGUAGCAACACUAAGGUGGCUUACGCCACUCUACUUACACGAAAUACUGACUUGCUUUCCAGUCUGUUUCAUGUUAGCAGUGUGUACACUACUGUAUAGUAAUCAUUUGCUUUAUUAUCUUGUAAACCAGGCUCCUCUGAAGAGACUUUGGUGAGAUAAAUGCGAGGUAAAAAUUUCAUCCAGCAAAAAGUGCAAUAUGUGUGGUACUUUUUUAUUUUUGUGUAUGUUCCCUUUUUUUUUUUUUUUUUUUAAUCCAGGGGUAUUAGUCUCUGCUUUGGGAAAAAUGCACUAGUUCUGCAUUUCCAGUUGGGCAAGUGUGUCUCUAGUAUCUACAUGCAGCUGAUAAUGCUGGUCCCUGUAAGGCAAACGCAGCAUGUGAGCACAACAGAAAGGGGGCGGCCCUCCCACUCUGAAAUUCCUAGUAAGCUACACUGACCAGCCCCAGCCUUCCCCUCGCCACUUCUGCCCACCUGCCACCCUAGGCCAGGGAAGGGACCGCCGGUUCCUGCACCCACCACCCCGCAGAAUCCACCACAAGGGUGUCGCUGGGAGGACUAGGGACAGGACGGAAGGACCCACAGUGCCACCGUGUGAGCAUGGCCCUCCUCCCUACAUCAGACCUGGCCUCCCCAGAAUCAAGAACUCGCAGUGGUCCACACCACAUCCUGGGGCCACAGGCGUGCGUCAGAAGCUCGGGAGUAUGACGGAACAGCCCUCAACUCCUGUGCUCCUGCCUGACUCUGAGCCCUACAGGAACGGGGCACCCUGCACCCUUACGGGGAGAGAGAAAGGACCACCCUGUGGGAGACCACCCCACCCCGGCCGUCAGCUCCAGGCCCCUACAGAAGGGACUUGUCAGGGGACCGACCUCUCUCACCUCUCCCACACUCUGGGUGCCCUCAGUCUGUGGCAGAGAGAUUUACAGAAUUCUGCCAAGUUGAGAAGGGGAUGUUCUCGGCUGGAGAGCGCCUGGGUGACCAGCAGAAGAAUGAAGGGCGGUAAGAACUGGCUUCUAGCCGCACUUGGUCUAGGGUCCCUGGAGUGAGGGCGUUGAAACAGCCUCUGGCUAGGUGACCUGGACAGAGUGAGCGCUGCUGCUUUUGUGAGGGUCUUCCAACCUCUGCGGAAGCCCCAGGUUCUUAAAUAUAUUGAGAUCAGAGUUUUUCUGCCUUGGAUGACGUUUUAAAACUUGUAUUGACAGUUAGACUCAAGCUCCCUAUAAGGCGUAAAGAAAACUGAUAGUGCAAGUAACUUUCACGUUCCUCCUCUAGAGACAAAACGUAGGUCGUUUGACAACACUGGUCCCAGUGGAUAGUUGCAGAAUCCCUCUGCAGGGGCUGACCUUUGCCGCACGGAUACCCCUACACUGGGCUGCUUCUACUGCCUCCUUGGAAGCCACCCGAGCCGUUCGGUCUCUUUGUGCCUAGACAUCAAAGGUAAAAACUGCAGAACAGGUAGUAAGUUGCAAUCAUUGUUUAGGCAGGCAUCUUUGAUCAUUUUGUUGUUUCUGGAAAUGUUUUCUAGAACUUCAAGAGUGAUGCAUGGAAAGCAAGCACAAUAUCAUCUGUGUUCUAAACUGAACAGAAAACAGUUUUAAGAAACCGUACCUCCCUUCUAACAGGAUGGGAAAAUGAGUACAAAGCUCUCUCUGCCACCCUGAGGGCGGCAGGAUAGACAAAGUCAGUGGGCUUUCAAGGCCCAUUGGGCCUGGAGUCUGAUCUCCCAGUGCCCUCUCCCCUUUUACCACCACCCCCCAAGUUAAGGUGUGGCCUGUUCAGUUCUAGAAGACUCUUGGCUGUCCUGGUUGCAUCACAUCCCAUGCCCACAUCGCACCGGAGCAGAUUUCAACACAUUUGGCAGAUUCAGCAUAUACUAUUGCACAGAUUAAGAACCAGGCCGCAGCCCUGCCCACAGACUUAGGCGGUGAGAGUUCCAGCUGGCCCGCCUGCCCGCGAGUGUACAGAGCACUUUCCCAAGUGAUCUCUUCUAAUCCUCACAACCACCCCGCACAGCAGUCGGGAGAUCCCGUCCCUGUCUUUGCAGCCCAGGGAGGCAGGGCUCUCGGAAGCUGACGUGCUUCAUGGAGGUCAGGCGUGUGUGAGUGCAGGGCCGGGACUGGGCUGACUGGCAUCUUCAUUGGGUCUCUGGCUUCUUACAGAGUAAGAGUCUUUGCACAGGCAAACAGCUGUAUAAACAAAGCCCCCAUUUUGGCCAGGCACGGCCAUGCCCCCCACUUGGCAGCCCCCUGCCUCUGGCAGAGAUGCCCUUCAGGUGAUGACUGCAGCUGUCCAGGUGGCCCCGCAUCCAUUCAACAAGGCUGUGUGCGACAGAGACCCCAUAGACCAGCUGGCAUUCAUGUCCAGCAACUACAGGCGUUCGGGCUCCUGUCAAAGGCAUUGCAUGCUAGAGUAACUACCAACGGCCGCCUGUGACGGCAGGACACAGCCUGCUCUACCGCCAGGCAGCUGAGCUCAUGGCCACAGCUCAGCACCACGGGCCAACGUGCACAAGCCCAGGAAGGGCGCUGCUCGGGGAACCACAACCUUAUGGUCCUUGUCAGCGAGUCUUCUAGACACCUUUAGGGUUAGAAAAAGAACAUGCUCUAAAGGGAGAGGUUGUCUUUCCAGAAGUGGGUAAGGAGGGAGGAGCUUUAAAAACAGGACCCCUAACUGGAAUGUUACACCUGCAAGCCCAGGGACGGGACUUGCCUCUGGCUGUGAGAUGCCUGCCUGGCCACGAGUCUCGGUCAAGGAUGCCUUCCUGCUACUGAUGGGAAAAGAAAUCUGCCUCCAUCAAAACCUCUGAAGGAGGGAAAAGCAGAGAGAAAGGAGGUUUGCUUCUCUUUGGGGGUCCAACUUUAAAAACUAGAGAGGAUAUUUGCACUUUGUAGAAAGGGCAAGACCAUUGCUUGUUUCUGAAGGAGGAGGGAUGUGUUGGUGGAUGUUUGGUCUGUGAAAGAGUUACUUUUGAUAAAUUAACCUAAUUGUAGUUAUUUUUUCUGUGUGCUUUUUUUAAUUACUAAGAAAAAUUGGUGAGUUCAAUAGCUUUGGUAUUUUGAAUGCAAAUCAUAAUAGCACCAAUGUGGGAAAAAAAAAUCAAACUGUAGCCCGUCAUUCAAUGUUAGAAAAUUGCCUAAAAUGCAGUUUAAUAAAUGAUCUUUGUACCAAAUGGCAAUUUAAAUAGGGUAAUUUUCUGCAAGGAAAAUGUACUGUUUUUAUGUUUCCAACCCUCUUGAAUUAAAAUAAAAACAACUUGUUUUCUA